AUGCCCUCGAAACCCUUGGGAUUGCCACGGGUCCCCCUCCGCGGCCCGUUCGUCAACGGUCCGUACCAGGUCCCAGAGACCCAGGCACGCCAGGCUCCCAGGGCCCUGCUCUCUGGAACCCAGGACGCGGAAUAUUUUCCUUGGCCAGCAGACCGCCACGGCCGAAUCGACACACCGAAGCAGGAAGUUGUCGAGAUCCACGUGCUUGGGGAGUUACCGGAACAGAGGAAAACAGAGCUGUUGCUAUCUGAUCCACGUGCAUUAAAACUUGGCUCCAUUGGCGUCUCUUCUUCUGGAAAGAAGAAAAAAAUCGACCACCACGCUCUUUUCCUUUUUCUGCUGUUCGGUUUUCUGCCCAGCGAAACCUUUCCUGCGUGGGAUCAGCGCAUGCACGUGCUGACGAAUGGAUGUUGGCGCGUCGUCUGUUUCUGGCUAAACCUGCCCAAACAGACUUCUCCGAUUGUCGACGCGACCCAGGGCUCUGGUGGCAAAAGAUUGUCAUGUUCCACCCCACCACACUCGACUCAUCCAGACGCCGCCGUGUUCGAGACCGGCAGACCCCACCAACACUUGACAGCUCUGGAGCCGGGUCAACGAACCCGAAGGGCUUGGCGGGCGUAUCAGUGGACUUCUUUCUGCCCAGGUAUCGACAACCUGAGGUAUACGACGAAGAAAACAGUGUGUGCGACGUCAAGAGAAGGAUCCCACCGAAGCGAGUGGUCCAUGUACCCCGGCUGUCUCGUGUAUUGCGGAGCAGCGUACCUGGAUGCGGUUGCCAACAGCAUGCACAUAGUGCAGCAUGCAAGGGACAGACAGUCGGUUCCAGCACCUUUUUUUUUCUUGUCGAGUGCGAGACGAGUUGUCGAGUUUGGCAUCGAGGCUUCUUCCUGUUCCAUCACCGAACUGAUUGUAAAGGGCCGAUCUCGAGGACUUUGCAAUGGCACAAGUGGUUCUCUUCGUCCGAGAACCUGGUGA